GCAGUGAACUGGGUGAGAUCAGAAGCAGCGGGUUUUAAAAGAAGGACUCAGAAAGAUGCCUUUGAAGUAUCGACGAAGAAGACCAUAAAGCACACUGGCCCUGACACCUAUGUGAAUAACACAGAGGCUGAUUGAGAACAGCGAGCUGAAAGUUCAUCACUGAAAUGCACAUGGAGUAGCAGCAGACUCUGGGAAACUCUCUGGCCGGAACUACACCUCUGUCGUCACGCCGACGUCUGGCCGGGGGGCGGAGCCUGGCGGCCGCCGCACUGACACCGGCGCAGGACCGUCGGAGAGAAGGAGCCCCCGGCGCGCAAAGAUGAGGUUCUCGGCGCUCAUGUCCGUGCUGCGGUCGGUCGGCCCGGUGAUCGUCGGCAUUUCCCUGGGCUUCACGCUGAGUCUGCUGAGCGUGAACUGGACGGAGGACGCGUGUCACCUGGACGCGAGGGAGGGCGACGACGUGACCCCGGGUCGGGAUGGACAGCUCAGGGGGGCCAGGAAGCCCAACUCCAUUUCCAGCCUCAACGACGCGGAGCCCGAGGAGGACUUCGAGCCGCGGAUCGUCCCGUACAAGCAGGUCCAGCAGACCGCCCCGAAGAAAGUAGUCAGGGCAAGAUACAUAAGCACAGAGUUGGGGACGCGCGAGCGUCUGUUUGUCGGGGUCCUGACGUCCAAAAACACCAUCAACACCAUGGCCGUAGCCGUCAACCGCACCAUCAGCCAUCACCUGGACUCCGUCAUCUUCUUCACCGGCAUGCGCAACCGCAAAGUCCCUCACGGCAUGUUUGUGGUUUCCCACGGCGACGAGAGACUGAUCUGGAACAUGUAUCAGACCAUCCGGCACAUUUUAGAGCAUUACAUCAGCGAAUACGACUGGUUUUACUUUGCCCAAGAUGACACGUACACGGAAGCUGACCGGAUCAAAACCCUGGUGGAUCACCUGAGCAUAAACCGAGAGCUCUACAUGGGCAGUCCCGAGGAGUUCAUCGGUGGGGAGAUGGAGGGGAAGUAUUGCUACGGGGGGUUCGGCUACCUCCUGUCCCGCAGCUUGCUCCUGCGGCUCCAGCCCUUCCUGGAAAACUGUCGGAACGACAUCCUGAGCGCCAGGCCCGAUGAGUGGCUCGGGAGAUGCAUCAUCGAUUACACCAGCACAAACUGCGUCAGUGAGCACGAGGGGCUUCACUACCACCACUAUGAGUUGGGGAAAAACUCUGAUCCAAGCAAAGAGCAGAGCGAACAGUUCAAGAAGGCUCUCACUGUCCACCCAGUGUCCGACCCUGAGCAGAUGUACCGGCUGCAUAGGUACUUCACAGAGAUUGAACUGCAGAGGACUUACGAUGAGAUCGCUAAGCUGCAGGCAGAAAUAAAGAACGUGAGCGUGGUUGCUUUUGAUGGCAACCGAAGCGCCCAGUGGCCCGUGGGGAUCAAUCCACCUUUUGAGCCCAAAUCUCGGUUUGAAGUGUUGAAGUGGGAAUACUUCACAGAGGAGGAGAUGUAUUCAUGCGUGGAUGGCUCUCCCAAGUGUGAGCUGCGCGGCAUCGACCGCAUGGACGUGGCCGACGUCAUCGACACGGCCGUGGGAGAGCUGAAUAAGAAGUACAAGCCUGUCUUACACCUGAAGAAGCAGCAGCUAAUUAAUGGCUACAGGCGCUUCGACCCCGUCAGGGGCAUGGAGUACACACUGGACCUUCAGCUGGAGGUAGUAAACCAGAAAGGUCACAGCCGUUCCAUCACCAAGAGGGUCCAUCUGGUGCGACCUUUGAGCCAAAUAGAGAUAAUUCCCAUGCCCUAUGUCACGGAAGCCACAAGGGUUCACAUCAUUAUACCUCUCACUCUGCAGGACCGGACUUACGUCGACCAUUUCCUCGAGGUCUUUGCCUCAAAUGCCUUUGAGACAAGUGAAAAUGCGAUCCUAACGUUCCUGUUCAUCUAUGACCCAGUGGAGGCACAGCAGGUUAAUCAGAAUGAUAUAUUUGCCAGUGUGAAGACUCAGAUUAAUGCUCACGAACGCAAAUACCCCACGGUGAAGAUCCCGUGGAUAAGCGUCAAGACGGAAACGCCAUCCCAGAUCAAGUUCAUGGACAUCAUCUCGAAGAAGCACCCAGUGGACACGCUGUUCUUCUUGGCAAGCGUCAACACAAAUAUCAAUACAGAAUUUCUGAACCGCUGUCGCAUGAAUUCCAUAAACAACUGGCAGGUGUUCUUCCCCGCCCACUUCCAGGACUACAAUCCCGACGUGGCCUAUCGCAACCAACCGCAUCCAGCCACUGUCGACCUUGUCAAGGAUGCGGGCCACUUUGACCUCAGGUCUUUCGAGGAGUCGUGCUUCUACAACUCGGACUACAUGGCAACGCGCAGCCAAAUGGUGGCGGACGUCCAAGAGAACGAGGAGAUCCUCGAGACAAUGGACAUCUACGACAUGUUCGUGAAGUAUUCGGGUCUGCACGUGUUCAGGGCAGUAGAGCCGGCACUGCACCAGCAGUAUCGCUACCAGACCUGCAACCCGAGACUCAGCGAGGACAUCUAUCACAUAUGUGUUCAGGGCAACUUGGAGGGUCUCGGUUCUCGCUCCCAGCUCGCCAUGCUGCUGUUUGAGCAAGAACAAGGGAACAGCACUUGAAGACGCCACUGACACGUUUGCUCCUGCACUUGUUCGAAUGGAUGUUGAAAGCUGUGUGUUUUGUUCUAACGGCCCCUCGACGCAAGCUCAAGUUUUGGGUGAACAGGGGACCUGCAUAAAGUGCCAUCCAUAACCUUUAUCUUUGCCCGAAACACAGCCCCUGUUCAAAGAUGUGGUCAUAUGCUGCAUGUGACCUCGUCUGAUGUACUCCAUCUUUCAGUGCAUCAAGAGUUUAUUAAAGAGUUUUUAGCUAGUUUGGAAAACUAAAUGCAGUACAUUGAUAACAAAACCUAUUUUUAUAUAUAUAUAUAUUUUUACAAUACUUGACCACACAGAAAAGAACCCAGAACCAAAUGCUUUGUGCUUCUCUUUGACCAUUUUAAAAGUUGUGUUGAGCAAUUUUUGAACACUAGAGGGCAGAAACUGAAAGCACCUCCCUCCCCUCGUGAAAAUUCCAAUAUUCACAGUGAACCUCAUCCUCGGGUUUGUUCCACCUCUCGCUCCCCACAGUUUUAGCAUACAGUAGGCUUGGUUGAAUUAGUGCGCACAGUGCAGCCGCUCGUGGUCUGUUUGGCGUCUGGGGGAUUAAACCAAGUGAGCUAAUACGAUGAGUUCAAAAUAGCAGAAAGCUUUAGUGGGUUUUUGCCUCUCAUUGGGAUCAUAAGUACUCACAAGCAAUGUUUCCUCAUUUACAGAAUGCGAAUCUUAUUUUAAUGUCAAAGAUUUUUUUAAAUGGAGCUUUGGUGUAUACGUUCUAAUGGAUAAAUAUUAAUAUAUAUGCCCUUUUCACAGCAGACCUUUUGAUAGGAUAUUGUUGGAAAAGCAUAGGUGUUAAUGAGGACAAUGGUGCUGUUCUGUGCACACUAACAAGGCCCUGAAACUGAAGCAGCUAAAUGGAUCCAGCCAUCAUUCACCUUAUUAUUUAAACCAGGGCUUUUCGUACUGGGACAUUUCAAAAUUUCCUGUUCAAAAAAGGCCUGUUGCUCCACAGUUUGUCAGCCCUUUCACACAAGGGCCCUGAAGCAUUAAGCUUUUUGAUAUUAACUCAUUUUGUAUUUUUAAAAGCACAUGUUUGUGUAUGUGCCUUGACACUGACUUUUCAUAUGCUGGCUGUUUUGAUAUUCUCAUUUUAUCCUACAGAUGAUAUUUUUAUUAGAAUAUUUGGUGUUAUUACACCACCAAUAAUAGAUUUGAAUGGGUGGGAGAAGUUGUCUUUCACCGUGGAUAAAGCCUGUGGAUAUCAAUGGAUAUCAAUAUCGGUUGUUGGGUUAGACAUGAAAAACUACAUAUAAUACAGGUGACUUUGAAAUAUCACUGCUCCGAGCAUCCACAGGUUGUAUAUGUGCCUCAAAGCAGGGAAGGGCUUCCUGGGAAGUAUCUCCCUUGGUCUUCAUAAGUCGUCAUAGUCAGCCAGGCAGAAUGUGUUUAGGUUUUUUUUCUCUCCUCGAAACCUUUUGAUGUUACAAAAAAGAAUAUAUAUGUAGAGUCAAAGGAUGAAUAUGAAUAACGAGGGGAAAAUCAUCUCGGCGUCUGAAGUGAUUGCCCAGGUGUUUCAUAUUUUCCAGGAAAUCCUAGUAAGUGGUACUUCAAAACUGACUUUAAUUAGUUUAGAAAUGACUGAUAUUCAGAAUGUAUGAACAAUCUUUUUUUCACGUCACCAAGUGUAGACCGUUCCGUUUUUUUUUUUUCUUUUCAAAAGACACUACAAAUGUUCCAAAUGUGUUCUUGACCGUGUUGUUAAGAACGUUGUAAGUUAUUGAAUGGUGUCAUCGUCUUGCCAUUUUACUGGCUUGCUUAGUUCCAGUUGCGGUACAAUCCAGUGGGAGCCUUUUUUUCAGUUUUCUGAUAUAAUGGUACUGGACACCUGGCAGUUAUUAGUAGAUUAUAAUGUGCAAUAUUACUGAUAACACAACUGGACAGAUGUCUGACGGCGGAUGGGACUUUUACUGUCAAAGAUAUUUGCUGCAAGUACAGCAGCAGAGUGUAUAUCCCAAUACUGUUCCUGGUACUACAGAAAACAAGACUCGUACUUUAAUGCUGAGUCAAUACACUGUAAUCACUUUCGACAAGACCUUUAAUGUAUUUAGCCGACACUAGACACUUUCUGCCAUCAAAUUCUCUCUGAAAUACAAAAAAGAUUAAGGCGAGUCACUUUAUUUAGCUUUAAUUGGGUUCAAAGUGUAUAUUGAAAACACUCGAAGCAACAGUGGUGAUCAUAAUCAGUGUUUGUUGUAUCUUCUGCCUUGCGAACGCAGACCACACGGCCGGUUGGCGCCGGCCUUUUGCAUUCAUUUCAUAACGCAUCCCGUCCACGGCGAGAGCAGUCUGUAGUGCGAGUGUUCUCCUUGAAGAGUAUGACGCAGAAUUGAAGAAAAAAAAAAAAUGGAAUCGCUCCAAAAACCACUGUGAAAGGCAGAGGGCUGAGAUCACAAUAUGAAGUUGUGGUGAUCUGCGUCGUCUUGGCCUUCUGUCAACGUGAAAAGCCUUACGUUAAGGAAGCGUGGCAGAUCAAUCGCCCCUGUGUUGUUCACGCAGCCACAAUUGUUGAGCAAAGUCUGCAAGUAUCUCGUCCAUAAUUUAUUUGCCAUCUCUCUCUAUGCAUUUUGCAGAUUUUAAAUACUUUUUCACAUUCUCUGUACACGUAAUAAAUAUUUUGAAGACACUAUUUUUAAACUUUAUUUUUUAGCUUUAUUUACACAUCAAUUGAUCUGUGUCUCUGAUGACAUAAUCAGACACGCUGUAUCAUACUUUGUAUUUGUGUUGUGCUUUAAUAAAACAUGUCAUUUGACAAUUUCUAAAUGUGUGUAUUUGCUUUUCUCUUUGAAUCAACAAAAUCAUUUCAAAAAGGAGGCAAAUACAAAAGCUCCAGCUUUUAAUUUCCAUUGAAGUUUGGACCCGUUGGUUUAGAUUAUUUUAAGCCCUAUGGGUACUGUUAUAACCAAAGCAAUGCAUAUCAAUUCACGUUCUGUACGUUUCAUUGUGCUGUAAUUCCCAAAACUGUGAAUUAUUGUAAUUUUUAAAUAAAGAAUAUUUGAAUAUAAACAUA